AGUUGUUUUGUAUUUUUGUUCAUUUUAGCAAUCUCUCUGUGCUACAUAGUGUUUUGGAAAACUUGAAAAAGUACUGAAAAGUGUGAGAUUUUGUCAGAAUUCUCUAUGAAGUGCUGUUGAAACACUAACUGCAAAACUCUUUAGCCUACCAAAGACAGGAGUGUUUUUGAGAUUUGUCACACUAUUGUAUAGUUAUUGAUAUGAUAACCAUAUGAAUAGUUGUGUUUAAGAAAUUUGUGAUGUUUGCAGUUGUGUGUAUUGUGUAGCAUUUAAAAAAUGAGACCUAGUGUUUAAGCGAAGGGAAUUUUUAAAUGCAUAUAAACAACUGAUCAGAGGUAUAGAAGAGUUGUUAUGCAAAUGUUUUAUUCUGUUUUUUUCAUCACUGAUGGAAUGAUUUGAUUUGCUAUCAGGAGCUUGAACACAAAGUCAUCACUUUCAUGACAAAUGAACUAAAGAGACUCAAGAAGGUCCUGACUCAUGAUGACCCAGAAUCCCCUUGUAGUGAGGAGGAGGAUGAGGAGGACCAGAGAGAUGCCAGAGAUGGAGCUCUGAAGAUUGCAGUGCACAUCCUGAGGAACAUGAACCAGGAGAUCAUUGCUCAGCAGCUGGAGAAAUAUGGACUGUUUCCUAGAUGUCAACAAAAGCUCAGAAACAAUCUAACAGAGAAGUUUCAGGGUGUAUUUGAAGGCGUGCCUCAGUCAGGAAACCCUACUUUUCUGGAGAAGAUCUACACAGAGCUCUACAUCACAGAGGGGGAAAGUGUAGAGGUCAAUACUGAACAUGAGGUCAGACAGAUUGAGAUGGCAUCCAGGAGACAAAUAACAAAGAGGGAAACACCAAUCAAAUGUACUGACAUCUUCAAGCCCUUACCUGGACAAGACAAACCCAUCAGAACUGUGCUGACAAAGGGAGUUGCUGGCAUUGGAAAAACAGUCUCUGUGCAGAAAUUCAUUCUGGACUGGGCUAAAGAAAAUGCCAAUCAGAAUAUUCACUUCAUAUUUCCUCUUCCUUUUCGGGAGCUGAACUUGAUUAAAGACAAGAAAUACACCCUUCUGGACAUCAUCCAUCACUUCUUCUCUGAAACAAAAGACUUUGCCUUCUCCAACCAGGACAGAUACAACAUUGCUUUCAUCUUUGAUGGUCUGGAUGAAAGCAGACUUCCUCUGGAUUUCCAGCACAAUGAAUGUAUCUACAAUGUAUCAGAACCUGCCUCAGUGGAUGUCCUUCUCACAAACCUCAUCAAGGGGAAUCUGCUUCCCUCUGCUCUUGUGUGGAUCACCUCCCGACCAGCAGCAACCAAUCAAAUCCCUCCUGAGUGUGUUGACCAGGUGACAGAAGUCAGGGGUUUCAAUGACCCACAGAAGGAGGAGUACUUCAUGAAGAAAAUCACAAAAAUGGAACUGGCCAGCAGAAUCAUCACACACCUGAAGUCUUCCAGGUGCCUCUACAUCAUGUGUCACAUUCCAGUCUUCUGUUGGAUGGCAGCCACUGUUCUGGAGUACAUCCUGACUGAAACAGAGAGUGGAGAGAUUCCAACAUCUUUGACACAAAUGUACACUCACUUCCUCAUCAUACAAACCAAACGAAGGAGUCAGAAGUAUGGAAACCGUGAUGCGGAGACACUCUGUAACCUGAAGACCAUUAUGUCCCUGGGCAAACUGGCUUUUCAGCAGCUGGAGAAGGACCUACACCAGACUGCAGUGGAUCUGGCCUUAAGGAAUGAGAAUGGACACCUGGACCUUUUCUUAAGGUUUCUUCUUGGCCUCUCACUGGAGUCCAAUCAGAAACUCUUACAAGACCUAGUGCAGAGAGGGAGCAGCUCACUGAACACAGAGGAAACAGUCAAGUACAUCAAGCUGAAGAUCAGAGAAGCCCCCAACCCAGAGAGAUGCAUCAACCUGUUCCACUGUCUGAAUGAACUGAAUGACCACUCUCUGGUGGAGGAGGUCAAGGGCUACUUGAGGAAGGGAAAAGAAACCAGAGAGGAUCUCUCUCUUUCCCAGCUGUCAGCUUUGGCCUUUGUGCUGCUGAUGUCAGACCAGGAACUGGAGGAGUUUAACCUGGAGGAUUAUGGUGGAAGGGGAUCACCUGCCAGAUCAGAUGCAGGUCUGCUGAGGAUGCUGCCCGUGGUCAAAGCAUCAAGAAGAGUGAAGUGA